AUGCCUGCCAUCAUCACCGUCGCCUACCCGCGUCCGAGCGGAGAGGUCAAGUUCGAUCUCCAGUACUACCUCGACAAGCACAUGCCCCUGGUCAGCAAGACUUGGGGACCCAGCGGACUCAAGUCCUGGACUAUCACUGAACACUCCGAGGGUCCUUACGUUAUCCAAGCCAUCCUGCAGUGGGAGAGCGCCGGUGCGUUUGGCACCGCGGCGGCCACCGAGGGAGGCAAGGAGAUCUUUGCCGACGUUCCCAACUUUACCGACCUGCAGCCCAUUGUACUCACGGGCGAAGUCAAGGGCACGUGGUCGGCCUAG